AGGAGAAGAAAACAAUUCUCAAAAUUAUGGCAAUGGAGUCUCUUAUCACUUGAUUGGUUCAUAAUCGUAAUCACAGGAUAUGGAUGUUAACUCGAAGGUAGAAUUUUUGAAAUUUCACCAAGGAUAUGUACGAGGAGUGGCAUUUUCGCCUGUGGUAAGAAUUAAACUCAAGUAUGUUCUAUUUGAUGCUAGUGUGUGGAAUGUUAAUAUGCUAGUGUGAUUGUUCAGUACGAUCUUAGCUGAGCGUUACCUCUAUUCAGUGUUUUGUCGUCAUUUGAAUACAUAAAGAAUUGACGCGUGGAUGGGACAAAGAAAAAUCUCUGUUUCCUCCGAACAUUCGAAACCUAAACUCAUUUUGAAUUGUUGUGGACACUGUACUGUAAUUUUAUCGAUCAUUUAUUUUGGCUGACGUGUUGGGAAACAUCUCUUGAAGUUAUUCAUCAAAAUUAACCCGUUCUGUUCUUCAGGAUCGUUACAUAUUCUGCUCUGGUGCGUAUGAUGGUAAAGUUAAUAUCUACAGUGCAAAGAAAUGCCACCUCUUGGGAAGUUAUCCUGUGAGUAUUUACAAAAUAGACAUGCACAUUUGAUUGACAUAUGAUUUCGCUUUUAUUUGUUUCUUUCACUCCUACAUUUAGCCGCUCACUCAAAUGGAAACCAAAAUUAAGUAUGUAUUUUAUGUAAUAGUAUUCUUUCUUCGUGGAUAGAGAGUAUGUGGUCAUAAAGUAUACUCUGAAAAAUUUUUAGGUAAAUGGAACUCUUUUCAUUGAUAAAAUAACAGCCUUCAUCAUUUCACACCAAGGAUUGAUCAAAAAUGAACUUCUCCUUACAAUAUCAAUACUAUGUCAAGAAGGAAGGUAUUAAGAAGAAAAAAAUGUCUACCAUGGGAUAUUGUUUGACUUAAUGUUAAAUUCUCAGAGUGAAAAUUCACAGAAAUUUUUGAUAUACAGUAGAGAGAGUUGAUGUAUAGAUCCUGGAUUUGAAUUGGCAAGAUGGUUCAUUGUAAAUAGACACCUACAUGGCUGGAAGUGUAGUGUAUAUUUCAAGCCUGUUAACAGGCUCUAUUUUUAAACAAAAAAAAUUAAAAUAAAAGGAACAGGAAAAAAAACAUUUUCCACAACAGCAGCUGGUUUGCUGAAAUGUGAUAAGGAUGUUAAACUGUCUUUUAGUUGUUAUUAGCUUUUCAUUUUGUCAUGGCCGCAUAUAUAUAUAUAUAUAUAUAUACAUUGAUCUUUAAAGAUCUUUAACUUGAUUUGAUGAUACUUGAAAUAAUAAUAAAAAAACCAUACCAUGGCAAAAACAAAAUGGGUGAAAUUUAAACCUUGUGCCGUGAUGUUGUUUUUGUAUCACUUUUUGCUCAAUAUUGCAUUUCAUUAUCUCUAAAAACAUGGCAGGAAAUGGUUUGGAACAUCAGCGAGAGCUUUUCGAAUGUAAUAGCUCCACUUGGGGCUUCCCCCUUCUCCUGAGAGAAUUUGUUCUGAAGUUAGAUCACUCUUUAAAAUUCAUGAAUCUAACAAAUAGAUGCUAUUUUGCCAUGUGUCUGUUCAGUCAUAGAUCACAGACGAUGUCCAAAUGUGAUAAGAACAAAAAAGUGCAUACAGGUGAGUGUGUCACUGAUGUUCUUAUCACAUUUGGACAUCACCUGGUAUCAUCCUAUGCGAUCUUUUACUGUGCAGACCCAUGGCAACAUGGAAUCAAUGUAGUUACAUGGUGUAAGAGCAAAAUGUUGUUAAUGAUGUUAUCCAUGCAUCUGUCCUCAAAUAUAAUUUAAGUAAGAAUCAUUCAUAAUGUGCGUAUAAUUCAUUUUAUAUUGUCCUAUAAUUCAUUAUUUGCACAAUAAGUUUCCUUAUUUCUUACCAGAGAUUAUGCAAUUUGUUUGAAACAAUGCCUUGUUUAUUUUCUGAAUUCAGCAGUCACAUAUUACUAAUACUCUUUUCCCAGUAGAUGAAUCAUCCCUUGAAAGCAGCAGUUUCAUUUUUUCAUUGCUAUUGUCAUCUUGUCUUUGUUUUUUAAUUGAUCAGGUGACCACUCUGAGUUUAGCAAGGAAUAUCAAAGCUGUUCGAUUUACUACUGAUGGACGUAAGGUAUAACAACAGGUCUUUUUAAUAACAAGCUCUACAUAUAGGAAUAUGAAAGUGAUUCUUGCAGUUAUGAAUACUACAGAGCCAGUAGUGAAAAUAAGGGCCUGAAAAAAUUCAGACUGGUUCAGGAUUUGAACCCAUGACCACUGGUAUUGCACAGUCAUGGUUUCAGGCUGUAUCUUCACAACUAGUUCAGUAAUAUUCAUAACUGCGAGGAUUGCUUUCAUAUUUGUUUCUUCAACUGCUCUUCACAUACAUAUAAUUUUCAUGUAAUUGCGGUCAUUUAAGGUCUACACAUCUUUAGUAAAUUUUCAGUUCUAGAAUUCUGGCAUUAAAUCAAUCAUAUCAAGUAACUGAUACCUUUCUUUCUUCUCAUGACAUUUCUUCUUAAAAAGAUCUUGAUUUUAAAAGGAGAAAUUCCUUUUUGAUCAUUUCUGGAGGUGAAAGAUUAAAAAUGUCUGAGAGAAGUCAUGUGUGACAUUUUUACAACAUCAGUAUCCAUAUUCUCCAUACUCUUCUUUAUACUUUCCCUUUGGUACUGACUAGGAGAAUUAAGUUAACAAUCAGAGUUCCAUAGUUUAAAAAUAAUUUCCCUUAUUCUCAUGAUCUUAAUGAAUGAGUGAGUCGUAUUACUUUUAGGACAAAUCAAAUGCCAGUCACUCUUAGGGUUUAACCCUUUCACUCCCAAGAUCUCAUUAUUAAUUCUCCUUACUGUCUGCCAUACAGUUCUUGUAAUGUUAGCAUGGAGAAUUUGGUAUUAGAUCAAUUUAUAAUCCUAAUUGAUAUUUUUCUUUAUUCUCAUCACUUGUCUGCUUGAUAUUGUAUUGAUAUUGUAAGGAGAAAUUCUGUCUUGGUCACUUGUGGGAGGUAAAGGGUUAAGGAUGGAAAAAAUGCAUGGAAUGGGAAACGACAAAAUUGAGAUAGCUAGGCUAAAUCUGUUAACCCUAAGUUAACUCCCAUGGGUGACCAAGACAGAAUUUCUCCUUUCAAUAACAAAUGAAUACAAUAUCAGUCAGACAGUGAUGAGAAUAAAGAACAAUAUAAGUCUGAGGAUUUUCUAGUUGAUCCAGUACCAAAUUCUCAGAACUAGCAUCAUAAGAAUUGUAUGGCAGAACGUAAGGAGGAUUACUAUUGAGAUCUUGGUCAUUAAAGGGUUAAGAUGUGCAUUCUACAAACAGUUUCUUGAGAUAAGCAUUUGGUAGGCUUAUUGGAUCUGAAUGUUACUGACAAGUUACAUUUUCAUCUCCUUUCUUCAAUCUGUCAGAUCUUAGCAUCUACAAAUGCCAGAAGACUGGUUGUGAUGGAUGUAGAAACAGGAGAACAAAUUGUAUCUUAUGACAACUGUAAGUGUCAUGCAGUUUCUUUCUUUAUUUUUCUACUGAUUUAUUUUGACUCCCCUGACAAACUACCCCAAGAAGGCAGCACCGCUUUUGUUCAAAAAGCAGAAUCUAGGGAAGUGUCUCUUAUUUUAUCCUAAAUGUUUCAGUUAUUGUCAGUAUUUUUAAUAUGUAUUUUUUUUCAUUAGGUGUAUACAAUGGUCCAGACAGGACUGGUUUAGCAGUAGACAUUCAAGCAGGUCCUAACAUUGCUGCAUGCUGCUGUGUGAAUGGGCGUGGCUUGUCCAUUUUUGAUCUCAGAAUGCCUCUCCCCUUGGAUUUCAUUUAUGAUGUAAGUUAUUCACUUGCUAGGAUCACUUUUCUUGACGACGAAAGGAAAGCCCAAAAUUUUGUCAAACAUAAAAUGAAUGGUCAGGAACUAUUAUCAGCAGUUGGUUGGAAAUCCAUUCCUGUGAUGACUCCAGCUAGUUGUAGAGGCAAAUCAUGAACAGUAUUCCCUAUUUGUAGGCAUUAGAAGAUAUAUAAGGGGUGUGUUGGAAAAAAGGUAUUAAGUUUUGAUGCAGUAUCAAAUUCUCCAUAUGUUUCACAAGAGGAGCUAGCAGACUACUGCUAGUUACUUCAAGCUGCAGAAAUUGGAAUAAGCUGUUACCAGCAGUACCAGUGAUGUGUAACAUCAGACAGCAAAGACCUGACACAAUGUACCUUCAAAUAUUUUAAAUUUGUAUAAAUAGACAUUCAUUUAAUAAGCAUUACUAAUAACAGUGUUAGUCAUGCAUUUUGUAGUGAAAAAAUUCUCCCUAUUCUGUUUAGCUUCAUAAUAAUGUCAUUCGUGAUGUGAUGUUUCUUCAUGAGAGCUGGCCAUGGUGUAAAGGACAGAACGCCCUGUUAUCAGUUGCUAUUGAUGGCACUGCAAAGGUACUAGAACUAAAACACAGCCUGGAAGUAAUUAUAACUUUAACUAGUUUAUGCUGACGAGACAUCUCAUUUAUGAUAGGUAGUGCAUUUUGGCAGUGUUCUUGAGCACUUGCUUUGAUAGGAGGCUGUUAGGUACCUUGAAUCUCUAACUUGUGGUAAUUUAUAUUCAAAUUCCCAUGACUUGUUCAAUGGUGCAAGAUGAAAAAGUUAUGGCACUUUAAAUUUGUGAUAGACCAUUACCAUACAGUGGCCAUGUGAAAAUUUAGGAGUGGUGCUCUUGCCUAUCUAAAACUGUAGCAGAAACAAUUGUGGUUGGGGGAGAAUGGAGCUUUUCAUAGGGGAUUUUUUAAAAAAUGUUUUUGAAGACAUACAUGCAAUUACAAUACAAAUCUUACUAUGAAUAUCAAUUAUACUUAGGCUACUAUCUAAUAUACUACAGAAUGAUAUGACUCCAUCAGUGACCCAGAGGGCUCAAACACAAACAAACAAGAAAACACAAUUAAAAAAAGGAAGUAUACCUUAAAAAAAGGAAAUGCAACUUGAAAAAAGGAAUAAUACUAUUUCUCCUUUUCAGUCUUGUUUUCUUUUUUGUUUGUAUCUGAGCCCUUUGGACCAUCAUGUCAACCCAUUGGCACCUGAGUGUAAUGCAUGCCUAUCCAAAACUUAAAAAUUUGGAGAAACCAGAAAAGUAAACACAAUGCACAAUAAAUUUUUAUAAAUCAUGUUUUCCGAAAAAUGAGCUCCAGUGAAAGAAAGCCAUUUAAAUAACUUAUUUUCAAUGAAAAAAGUGACAGAUGCAUAUUAAGUUUUUACUUUAACAUAAAGAUAAAAAAUAAACAUCGGUAAUAUUUUUGCAUGUGUGCAGUUAUGGGUGAUUCAGGUGUCAAUGUGUUAAAUGGAAGUAUAAAGGAAUUAACAUUUGUUCAGGUAUCAACAAUCGAUGGACGCACAUUACAAAAUACUGAGAUAGGUUCCAUGUUGAACACAGCUGCUCCGACACCAGAACCCUUUGGGUCAAUGGCUGAUGAUGGAUUUUAUAGUAAGUUGGUUUCUUGCUUCUUCACUUUUUUUUACUGCAGGAGGGCCAUUCUUUAGCUCAUUAUAUCUGAAUGUAAUUUCUCCCAAGUGAUGUCAGUAUAUUGCUCUGUUUAUUGGUUCAGAGAAUUUAGUGUUAAUUCCAAACAAUAUUUCCUUGUUGAUAAUUCCCUUAAAUUCUCAUUGCCUAUACAUCCAGCAAUGCAUAAGAUUGUUUGGAGAAUUUACCUUCUGAGGGUUUAUUCAUCGGACCAAAUGUUUUGUGUAAGAACCAAAAUUCUUCUUCAUCUGUAUUCACAUCAAGAUAACUCAGUUCUUCACCUGCUUCAUUAGUGCAAGAGAACUGAGUUCAGUUGAAAAUCUGUCAACUAGCAAAUGAAUACAGUUUUUUUUUUGUUGUUGUUGUUUUUUUUCAUAUGGGGCAUGUAUUAAAUUACAGUGUACUGUUAUUUCUAAUAUUUCUAAUUUUGAAUACCCCAUUUUACAGUUACCUGCCUGUCUGCCAACCCUUUGAAUGGAAGUUAAGCUAAGGUUGACCUUGUUAUGAUACAAAUAUUGCUGCUUGUCAAAUUUAAAUUGGUUUGAUAUCAUGCUAACUAGAUACUGGUCUCCAUCACAACAUGGUCACCUUCAGCCUCACUCCAAAUCAAAGGCUUGGCAACUAAGUACACAACUGUUAAAUGGGCUAUUAUAGGGAUGUUCAGAAAACAUCCAUAAAAGAUGUUUGACAGACUGGUGAAUUCUCUCUCUAAAUUUUAUUGUGUCCCUGUGAAACACAACUGAACUUUAACAUAUCCAAUCAUAACUGCCUUUCAAGGCUCCAUACAUCUCCCUACAGUAAGAAAUCCUCAUAACUUCUAAAAUUAUUCUGUAUAAUGUAUUUGGCAUUCAUUUUUUAUCAAAAAAAUUAUGUCUCACUGUCAGUGGCUUUUCUUGUCUUUCUAGGUCUUAUUAUGUUUGGUGGUGAGCUUCUGACAAGUUUUGUCCCAGAGGUUGGAGUCCAAGAGCGUAUGAGAGAGCAUGGCAAAGAUCCAUUAUGGAAAAUUAAGUAUGCCAGAAUCAAUGCCUAGGCUCUUCUUUUCUCUUACUCUGUUCUUCUAAGGGGUAAUUUUGGGUUCUGGCUAAUAACUGAAAAGGGCACUCCAAAAGGAACUUAGUGCAUGUGGGGCUGAAUGCGAAGUGAUUUGGAGGCUAAGAUACUCCAAACUGCAGAAAUGUGCAUUUGGUAUUUAGUUUUUGUGGAACAAGCUGUACUAAAUUGAUUACUUCAAAUGUGUAUUUUAACAUUCUUUUUUUUUUUUUUUUAAGAUAUACUUCCAAUGGAAGCACACUUUUCACUGCAUGUGAUGGAGGAGUGAUCAGAAAGUAAGGUCAAAUAUAAAUUUUCAUGAAGUGUAGUUCCUUUAUCUUUAUUUUCUCUCUAUCCUCAGUAAGUAGUAGGUGACUUGGAGACUUAACAGCUACUGUGUGAAACCGCCAGGUCAAGAGGUCAAGAUUUUAGACGUGGGCUGGUCAAUGCAUUGUGUUCUUGGCCAAGCCCCUUCACUUUUACACAACCUGUCUCUGCCCAUGAUUAUGUGAAUGGUCCACAGAACAAUUUAGAUUAACAAUUUGGCAUCCUCAUUUAUAUCCCUCUUUGCAUUAACAAACCUGUCUGUGGUCCCUCCUGCAGAUCUAGUGUUGCUUGUGUCCAUUUUAGCAUGGCUUUGAGUACUAUUUUCAUCAGAUUAAUGGUGAAGGGUUGGGGACACUUAUUUGAGGCUGAGCACUGAGUAUGAAAUUUUGUUACCUACAGAGUGGGCACUAUUUCAAGGUUGUGUGCUUAAUGAAUAUUGUAUAUGCAAUGACUUUAAUUUGUAAUAAUACAAACUGAUCUGUAUCUUGUAGAUACAGAAGAUUCCCUGAUCACCAUGAGUUUGUGGAGGAUCUUUUUUGUCAUUCAGAUGAUGUAGAAGAUAUUGACAUUUCACCUUAUGAUGAAUGUAUCCUUGUUUGAUACUUAGGAGGUUGAAAUCAUGUCUACCUGUUCAGUUUGAUGUAGUUAAUUUUUCAAGGUGUUUGUAGGGCUUGACAGAUGUGAGAAUUUUGGCUGGCUACUAUGCAGAAUUCUCUAGAUAAAUUUUAAUUGGCUGGUUCCUUUCUUAAAUUCAUCUAGAGAGAGUAUCUGUUUUAAUACUAUUUUCUUUCUGCAAAAUUUUUUGAUGAAAAUGUUGUGUUUGUAAUUGCUGGUGAGAUCAAGGUUCAUACAGGUUUUAAAAGCUCAGAAAGUCACAGAAUUGUGCAAUUUUCCUUUCAAGACCUUGAAGGACAUGGAAUUAGAGUCUGGGUCAUAUGUAGUCAUAGAAGAGGACUUAAUGCACUAUUUCUUAGAACAGAGUAAGACAAGAAAUAUUUGGAUUGAAAGACUUUUUUCCUGUUAUUUUUAAUUACUGACAAGUUCCUAAUCAUAGGUCAGGGGAACAUCUGAAAAUCUGAAAAUUCUUGCAAAAGGUCUUGGAAAGUUAAAGAAUUUCAUUUGUCCUACAGAGUUGGCACCCAAGAGAAGAAGAUCAAUUUUAAAGAACAAAAUUUUUUAUGUUACGCAGCCACUUAAUUUCUUUAACAACUUUAUAGAUUUGGUAACAGCUUCCAAGGAUCACAGUGUGGGUGUGUUUAAACUUGGACCUCCCAGUCAUGGUGUCACGGAGUAUGGAGAGAUAAGGUAGUAUUUGAAACACACUGCAGCUUGAAAAUAAAGUUACACUCAGGAAACAAGUAAUGAUUUACAGAAGGCUUUCAGAAGAGACUGUCCUGAACCAGGGAUUUGUGGUACAGAUAAGGUGCUGGCAAGUUGUAUAUUUGCUGGACUACUUGUAAGGAGAAAUGAAGACAAAGGAGAUAAAUGAAGUUUGACAGCUAUGUUAGAUGAUAUGAAUGGUAUCGCAUGGGCUGGGAAUAAAGGCUGGUCAAUGGACAGGAAGCAAUCAUCGGAUGAGGUUGAACAUAGGUUAAUUAUCAUGAAUUAUCAAAAGAGAGGUAUGAGUUAUCUGCGGAAGCCAAAGGCUGAGGUGCAUAUUACAGACAGGAGUUUGAUAACUCAUGAUAUCAU